AUGGGGUUGGUUAUCGCGGGAAUAUUAUACUUUUUCGUUUCGCUUGGUCAGCCGAUAUUUUACGAUGUUGCAGCUUUGCUUCAAUUCGCCAUUUUCGCGAGUUACCCAUGGGGUCAUGUGAUUAAUCCGAUUGAAACCGAGGUCAUGCUGCUCGGCUUUAAUUUGUUUUGUCUUCAUCUGCUGUCAGACGAUCAUCCCUACCGGACCCAAGAAACAACGUUUCUAUCGCGAGAUGAAGGCGUUUCGCAGAUGGGGAAGACUGAAAAACCGGACUAUCGACUACUUUUCCGAUGUGGUCAUGGGCGAAAUGGGCGAACUGAUUUGUUGAAAGUUUUAGUCGUUUUUGGUUUUUGGUUGCUGAACGCGUUCCUGGUAGCCCAGUCGGCACUUCUCUACCUCAUUUGUGAUGUCUACUACAAGGAACCGUUUGCAUCAAUGUAUAUCAAUGUCAAAAAGGCAGCCUUGUCUCUUAACACGAGCGUGCCACUUGCCACUGAUGCCGAUCAUAUAGUAUUACAACCGAUGCACGCAAGCGUAGCCGCCCAUGGCGAUUCAAUGCUUUCUUGGCUUUGGCACGACUGGACUUUGGUGCUUCAACAGUUAGCGAUAGCGACAUAUUUUAUGACUCUCAACCGCAGGACAUCUUUCCGACGGAAAUUGCUCCCGUUCUCGAUUGCCGCCAUUACGACGUUUCCAACGCUGCGGUUAUUGGUUCGAUUCAUGGCAAAGAAAAAGAUAUACUUG